UCGGCCUCGCCUCCGAGCAGAUGCAAUCGCGCGCUGUCGAUACCGGCGUCGAUCUCAGAGUUGCUGAGGAUCAACCUAUUGGAACCAUCGUUGGCAAAAUCCCAACGAAACCUGGCUUCACUUAUCGAUUCAACGAACCACCCAAAGAAUUUGUUCUUGAUCCUGUUACUGGUGAAAUCAAAACUAAUAUGGUCCUUGACAGAGAGAGCGUAGACCGUUAUGCAUUUGUUGUUUUAUCAAGUCAACCUACCUACCCUAUUGAAGUCAGAUUGCGUGUUACAGAUGUAAAUGACAACUAUCCAGAAUUCCCAGAACCUAGUAUAGCGGUUGCUUUUUCGGAAAGUGCGGCCGCUGGGACAAAAUUAUUGCUUGACGCUGCAACUGAUAAGGAUUUAGGUGAAAACGGUAUAGCAAAUGACUACAGGAUAGUAGACGGUGACACCGAAGGUAAAUUCCGUCUGAAUGUGACAGUUAAUCCAAGUGGACAAACGUCAUAUCUCCAUCUUGAAACAACAGGAAAGCUAGACAGAGAAACGAAUGAUUUUUAUAUACUUAACAUAUCAGCGCGUGAUGGUGGUAAUCCACCAAAGUAUGGAUAUCUUCAAGUAAACGUUUCUAUUUUAGAUGUUAAUGACAAUCCACCGAUAUUUGAUCAAAGUGAUUUUUCCGUAUCUUUAAAUGAAAGUGUGCCUCCUGGAACCACUGUUCUAAAAGUAACAGCGACGGACAGUGAUUUGGGUGAUAAUAGUAAAAUCACCUAUGAAGUAACUGACACUGAAAAACAAUUUGCUGUGGAUCCAGAAUCUGGUAUUAUAACGACGACCAAAAAAUUAAAUUGUCCCAAAUACUGUACAAAUACUACAUGUAAUAUGACAUGUGUCCUAACAGUGAUAGCAAAAGAUCAUGGCGUACCUCGUCAAGAUGCUCGGACUUACGUUACUGUUAACCUUAUAGAUGCAAAUGAUCAUGAUCCAGUUAUUACUUUUACUUAUGUACCGUCUACAGCAAAUUUUGCAACAGUUGAUGAAAAUGCAAAAAAUGGGUCUCUUGUAGCAGCAAUAACAGUGAGUGAUAUGGAUGCGGGAUUAAAUGGUAUCACAAGUAUACGUAUUGUAUCAGGUAAUGAACUAAACCAUUUUCGAUUAGAGAACUCUUCAAGUGUGUAUAUAGUGCACGUGAACGGAAUUUUGGAUAGAGAAGAAAUAAGUAAAUAUAACUUGACUGUAGUAGCAACAGAUAGAGGAUCGCCUCCACGUACUGCUACUUCAUAUUUAGUGAUUCACGUCAAUGAUGUCAACGACCACGAGCCUGUUUUUGAGAAAUCUGAAUAUUCAGCAGUUUUAAGUGAGCUGGCACCUCCUGGAACGUAUAUUGCUAGUAUUACUGCCUCAGAUGAAGAUACUGGAGUAAAUGCUGAGAUAUACUAUGAUUUUUAUGACGGAAACAAUUUACAGUGGUUUGAUAUUGACCAUUUAACUGGAUUAGUAACCACUAAGUCAGUUCUUGAUCGUGAAAUUCAGGGUACAGUUGAACUUAAUGUUUCUGCGAGAGAUGGAGGUCCAAAUCCAAAAUGGGCUUAUACCAGAUUAAAAAUUACAAUAUUAGAUGAAAAUGAUGAAGCACCUACAUUUCCUCAAGCCAUUAUAAAUGCAACAUUAGCUGAAAAUAUUAAGCCAAUCAAGGAAAUAUUAAUAUUGACUGCUUCUGAUUAUGACCAAGGUACUAAUGGAUCUGUUUCCUAUUAUUUACCACCUAGUAUUGAAAGGAAAUACCCAAACACUUUUACAUUAGAUCCAAUUACUGGUCAAUUAAGUGCUCUUAUUCAAUUAGAUAGAGAAAAAGUAUCAAUGUACGAGUUACAAGUUUUAGCUAAAGAUCAAGGUUUUCCUCCACAAUCAUCCACAGCUACUAUUUUUCUAAAUGUUUUGGAUGUUAAUGACAAUAAUCCCAUUUUUUAUCCACAAAGAUAUAUACAAAUCAUAAAUGAAGCUAUACCCAUCGGUACAAAUAUUUUGCAAGUAAAAGCGUUUGAUUUGGAUGAUGGUGAAAAUGCUAGAAUUAUGUACAAACUUGAAAAUGGUGGCGAUGGCUAUUUUGAUGUUGAACCGUGGACUGGUAAUGUUGUAUUGCAAAAAGAUUUCCGAAAUGCUCCUCUGAAAAUAUAUUCAUUGAAUGUUUCUUGUAAAGACAAAGGUAACAGAGGUGUAUCUGAAAAUGCAAUAGUAGAAAUUGUAAAAUUAUCAUACCGUAAAAAUCUUGAAUUCCAUGAAUAUAACGGUUAUAAUUUUAAAAUUCUUGAAGAUAAAGGUACUUCCAGUCCUGAUAUUGGCCGAUUCGUUGGAAAAGUGAAUAUCAAAAACUCACAUGACACAGUAUCUUACUAUAUUUUGGAAGGAGAUCCUAAGCGCAUGUUUAAAGUAGAUGAAAACAGUGGAAUUAUUACCACAAAUGCCAAUAUAGACCGUGAAGAUAAAAUGACAUAUCAUUUAAAAAUGAUGGCUAAAAGUGGCGUUUCAUUUGGAUUUGCUACUGUGAACAUAUCAGUACUAGAUGUUAAUGAUAAUUACCCCAUAUUCUUAGAAGAUAAAGAUGAAAUACGCAUUCCUGAAAAUAUGGCUGUUGGACAAGAAGUGUAUUUCGCAAGAGCUGUUGAUCGCGAUUCUGGUUCGAACAGAACAGUAUCUUAUAAAUUGAGUAGUAACCCUGACCAUAGUUUCAAAAUUUCGGAAACAACUGGAGUCAUUUACUUAAAUAAACCCAUAUCUGGAGAACCUGGCAAUGUUAUGUUAAUCGAAGUUACAGCAUCUGAUAACGGAAAUCCAUCGCUGUCGUCUUACCAUUCUAUAACUGCCAUAAUCGAAGACGUCAAUGAUCAUACGCCAAUAUUCGAUCACACCUCAUAUGAAACAUCUCUACUUGAAUCCACUCUUGUAAAUACAAGAUUUUUUGCAAUUUCUGCGACCGACGCCGAUCUUGGAGCAAGUGGACAGAUAUCAUAUUCUAUACUUGAGGGAAAUACAGACGGAAAAUUUGGAAUAUUUCCUGAUGGGUUUUUGUAUGUCAAAAGUCCAUUAGAUAGAGAAAAACGAGAUUAUUACUCAUUGACAUUACUAGCGUUUGAUCAUGGUGUACCGCGUAGGUCAUCUCAAGUUCCAGUAGUCAUACACGUUUUAGAUGAAAAUGAUAAUAGUCCACAAUUUACUAAUACAACUUUUAUUUUUAAAAUUAAAGAAAAUGAACCACCAGAUACUUUUGUCGGAAAAUUAACCGCUAUAGAUAAAGACAUUGGUCGAAAUGCUGAAUUAACAUUCAGUUUGCCUGUAACACAGAAUGAAUUUCGUAUUGAUUCAAGAAAUGGUUUCAUUAAAACAUUGAAAUCUUUUGACAGAGAAAGCUUAGAGCAUAAUACAGGUCAAAAUUAUAUAACUUUAACUGUUACUGUAAGUGACAAUGGAAGAGUAAAGUUAUCUGACUCCGUAAGGGUAACAAUUUAUAUAACUGAUGUGAAUGAUAAUGCACCUAUAUUUACGCGAACUCCCUAUAAAGUUGAAGUAUCUGAAGGUACAGCUGUAGGAGCUUCAAUAAUGAGAGUAUAUUCAACUGAUGCUGAUGAAGGGCUCAAUGGCGAUAUUUAUUACAAACUCAUAGGAGGUGAUGAUACAGGAAAAUUCUCACUAGACGAGGCAACUGGUCAGCUAUUUAUAAACAAACCUCUAGAUAGAGAAACUACCGACAGAUAUCAGCUAACAGUAUUGGCUCAUGAUUCGGGACAAUAUUUACGUUUAUCAGCUUCAACUACUAUAUCCAUAAAUAUUCUGGACGAAAAUGACAAUGCUCCUAUUUUUACACAUACUGAAACGGAGGCGUUCGUUUUAGAAACUGAACCAAUCAACAAAAAAAUUAUACAAUUUCAUGCUACAGAUGCAGAUUUAGGAAUAAAUAAAGAGUUACAAUUUUCUAUUACUGCAGGUAAUAGGAAAGAAGCCUUUUAUAUUGAUAGUUAUUCAGGGGAAUUAUUUUUACACAAAAAACUGGACUACGAGGAUUUGACAUCUUAUACUUUGAAUAUAACUGCAACUGAUAAUGGAAGCCCAAGUCUAUCAUCAAGUAUAGCUUUUACUGUAAAUGUAAUAGACGCAAAUGAUAACGCGCCCGUAUUUACUAACACUGCUAUUGUACGACAAAUCAGAGAAGGGAUACCAAAUAAUACGCCUAUUGUAACGGUAACUGCUGAGGACCCCGAUUCUGGUAUGAAUGGUAAAGUUUAUUAUUCCAUCAAACAUCAAGACCCAAAUAACAAUAGACGUCAUUUCGCUAUAAAUAAUAUCACUGGAGUUAUACACACUUUGCUACCUAUAGAUAGAGAAACUAUUGAUACUUUUAGAAUAACAGUAGUUGCAUACGAUAGGGCUGAACCACCAUCUGCAAGAUUAUCGGCUGAAAAAUUAGUGACUGUUAUUGUUGAAGACAUAAAUGAUAAUGCUCCCAUAUUUGUAUCUAUGAAUGCUGCUGUAAUAAAUACUAAGAGAAUUGGAAAAAGUAUCGGUCGUGGAAUAUUUAUUAUGAACGUACUAGCUCGUGAUUUGGAUUCUGGGACAAAUGGGUUGGUCACAUACAAGCUAAUUCAUGGUGGAAAUGAUUUAUUUGACCUGCAUAGAAGCAAUGGUGCUUUGACACUCCGCUAUCCUCCAACGCCUCCUGAAGCUAGAUGGAGUCUUGUCAUAAAAGCUACAGAUGAGGCCGUGUUAAGCGAACAAAGAAGCACUGAGACUUAUUUGAAUGUAAUUUUGGGUGGAACUGAAUUAGAUGGUGUUACUUGGACUAAUGUUGGCUCGGUUUCCGUGGCUGAAAAUGAACCAGCUGGUACUGCUAUUUUGAAUGUAACUAAUGACUAUAAAUCUGGACUAGAUUAUUAUAUAGUGAAUGUGACUGGUGACGGAAAACAAGUGCAUAGGCUGUUUGAUAUAGAUUCAUCGUUGGGAAUUUUAUCAACGGCAGUGUCUCUGGACCGUGAGUCUGGUGUUGAUAAAUAUGAAGUGGAAAUUUGCGGCGUUUCUUCUAGUGCUCCACUUAAAACCACUACAACUAAGGUGGAGGUCGUGAUUUUGGACAAGAACGAUAGCCCACCGGAGUUUAAGAAUAUUCCCCCAGCGUAUAUGGCGUCUGAGGACUUGUCACCUGGGCAACGAAUCGCGACGAUUGUCGCCGAAGACCCCGACACUAUUGGCAGUAUCGAAUACAGUAUUCAGACCACGGAACCAUUGCCUUUUGUGCUUGACUCCAGGAGUGGAGUGCUCACGUUGAAUGAGCCGCUGGACCGCGAGUCGAUUCCCGAGUAUCAAGUGACCAUCAGAGCUGAUGACGGUGUACAGUACACUGAUGUCACCAUUGUUGUGCAGGUUACGGAUACCAACGACAAUCCCCCCACAUUCAAGGAAAACGCAUACUCAUUCGAUGUCCCCGAAGACGCUGCUCGGGGAUCGGUGGUGGGCACGAUAGCUGCCUUCGACCUGGACUCCGGGCCCAACGCCCACCUCACCUAUACGGUCAUAUCUGACUGGGCUAAUGAUGUCUUCUCGCUGAAUCCGCAAACUGGUGUCUUCACUCUGACUGCUAGAUUGGAUUAUGAAGAGACUCAGCACUAUAUCCUUGUGGCGCAAGCUCAAGACAGUGGUCACCCAUCUCUGUCAGGGACAGUUACGAUAUACGUGAAUGUCAUUGACCUCAACGACAAUGCGCCUAUAUUUGACCCCAUGAGCUUCUCAAAUGAAAUUCUAGAAGAUGUACCAAUAGGUUCUUCGGUUGUGACUGUCAGUGCGACUGACAUUGAUUCAGGACUAAAUGGAAGACUGCGAUACAGUAUCACAUCAGGAGAUGAAAAUCACGAUUUUGAUAUAGUAGAAAAUGGCACAAUAUUAACAGCUAAUUUGCUAGAUCGAGAAAGUAUUCCAGUUUAUAACCUUAUCAUUACAGCUACAGAUUCGGCAAAAUCACCAGAACCACAACUUUCAUCUACAGUUCAGGUUACUAUACAACUAAAGGAUGUGAAUGAUAUGGCACCAGAAUUUAUAUCCAAAAAUACAACAACAGUUUCAGAAAAUAUACCUUUAAAUACUGUGAUAAUGACAAUCAAAGCUAUCGAUAAAGAUGAAGGGCGAAAUGGUUAUGUUGAAUAUUUUAUAAAUCCCAAUCCAGAAAUUAAUGGUUAUUUCUCUUUGGGAAACGCUGAUGGUAUUCUUAGGGCUAUUGGAAAACUCGAUAGAGAAUUGAAAUCGAGUUAUGUCUUUACGGUCACUGCUAAAGAUAGAGGAGACCCUCCAAACACGACGCAAAUGACUCUUAAAAUUAAUAUACUAGAUGAAAAUGACAAUAGUCCCGUUUUCGACCCAAAGCAUUAUAGUGCAUCUGUGUCCGAAAAUGCUAGUAUUGGUGCUAGUGUUUUGCAUGUAUCAGCUACAGAUAUAGAUGAAGGUUUUAAUGGAAGAGUAAGAUAUUCAAUAGCAACUGGUGAUGAAAAUAGAGAUUUCAGUAUAAGUGAGGAUACUGGAGUUGUCAGAGUAGCAAAAAAUUUAAAUUUUGAACGAAAAUCACGUUACGUGCUUGCUAUUAGAGCUGAAGAUUGUGCUAAAGAAGAUAUUAGAUAUGACACAGCUGAAAUAUCUAUCUCCAUUCAAGAUAUAAAUGAUAAUCCACCUACUUUCUUAGAUUCUCCUUACUUGGCAUAUGUAAUGGAAAACAUGAUCCCUCCUAAUGGUGGCUUUAUAAUAACAGUACAUGCUUAUGACGCCGAUUCGCCACCCUUCAAUAAUCAAGUCCGAUAUUUUAUUAAAGAGGGUGAUGCAGAUGUCUUUAAAAUAAAUGCAUCUUCUGGGCAAAUUUCCUUAUUGAGAACCUUAGACCGCGAGACACAAGAUGAAUACACAUUGACUCUAGUAGCAAUGGAUACAGGAUCGCCUCCUCUAACAGGAUCUGGCACGGUGAAAGUCAUUGUCCAAGAUGUAAAUGAUAACAGUCCCGAUUUCGAAAGGCAAAGUUACAGAACAAGUGUUAAAGAAAAUUUGCCUCCAGGCACAGUUAUUUUAAAUCCUAAAGCAACAGAUAAAGAUUUUGGGAACAAUGCUAAAAUUAGAUAUAGCCUACUUGGAGAUAAAUCUGAAAGAUUCCAAAUAGACUCGAAUACAGGGGUUAUUUCUACGAAUGCAAGUUUAGAUAGAGAAGAAUGGGAUAUUUAUUAUUUAAUUAUUAUGGCUCAAGAUUCAUCUACUACAGACCCUCGUACAGCUACUGCUAACCUUACAAUUAGUGUGGAAGAUGAAAAUGAUAACAUUCCUACAUUUUCACAUUCAAUAUAUGAAGCUCAAAUUUCAGAGAGGACUCUAAAAGGCGAUUUUGUUUUUGGAGUUAAAGCAAAAGAUAAUGAUAUUGGUUUAAAUCAAAAAAUUAUUUACGAUUUGAAAGGGGAACAUCAAGAUUUAUUCAGCAUAAAUAAAGAAACUGGUGUUAUUAAAGCAAAAGAAAAUAUACUAAAAUAUCGAGGAAAAAGUGGAUCAACAUUUAAUUUGAUAAUAAUCGCAACCGAUAGUGGUGUUUUUCCGAAACACAGUACAGCUGAACUGAUUCUCAUGCCAAUAUCUGUUAAAAACUUCCCCAAAUUUACUGUACCGAGUAAGCUUUCGUUUACAUUUCCGGAAAAUACACCGGAAAACGUUUUGGUGACAAAAUUAUCUGCAACGACGCCUAAAAAGGGAACAAUAAGCUUACUACAAUAUUCUAUUGCUGGUGGUAAUAUUGGCGAUGCACUUCGAGUAGAGCCAAUAAGCGGUGAAGUAUUCAUUACUGGAAAAGGUCUUGACUAUGAAACGAUGCCCCUAUAUGAAGUUUGGUUCGAGGUAAAAGAUUCGGAUAAUCCACCAUUAAAAUCUUUUGUUGAAAUUGAAAUAAAAGUUACAGACGCCAAUGAUAAUGCUCCUGUGAUUGAAAAUACACUUUAUAACGCUACAGUACCCGAAGAAGAAUUUCCUCCACAAUUCAUUAUAAAAAUAGAUGCCCAUGAUGCUGAUUCCAAUGAGAAUGGAAGAAUAUCUUUCAGAUUAGUUGAUGAUUUUGAUGAAACUUUCAAUAUUGAUUCGGAAACUGGUGAAAUUUUUACUAACAUAGCAUUAGACAGAGAAACAAUAUCAGUUUAUGAAAUCAUAGUGGAAGCCGUUGAUCACGGUGAUCCACAAUUAAUAGGAACAUCAACAGUUAUUGUGACGGUACUUGAUAAAAAUGACAAUCCACCUAGAUUUACUCGAUUGUUCAGCGUGAAUGUUACAGAGAACGCAGAAAUUGGUUCAUUUGUCAUAAGAGUAACAAGUUCUGAUUUGGAUUCAGGCCCUAAUGCAAAUGCUACAUAUAGUUUUGUUGAAAAUCCUGGUGGAAAGUUUAAUAUAGAUCCUGUAAGUGGUAAUGUUACUGUAGCUCGACCUUUAGAUAGGGAAUUGCAGGAUGAAUAUAUAUUGAAAGUUGCGGCUAUCGAUGGAGCUUGGCGAUCUGAAACACCGCUAACAAUAACAAUUCAAGACCAAAAUGAUAAUGCCCCUGAAUUCGAAUAUUCUUAUUAUAGUUUCAAUUUCCCAGAAUUACAAAAGAAAAACAGUUUAAUAGGUCAAGUUAUAGCUACAGACAGAGACAAACAUGGGCCAAACUCUAUUAUAUCGUAUUCACUGCAACAACCAUCUGAACUGUUUUCUAUUGACCCUGCAACUGGUGAAAUAUUAAGUAAAUUUGUAAUGGACUAUAAACAGACAUUUAUAAAUUUAUCGCCUGAAAACACUUAUUCAGUAGUUGUAGUUGCCACUGAUAAUGGAAAGCCUCCUAUGUCUUCUGAAUGUUUAGUAACAAUUAAUAUCGUAGAUGCUAACAAUAAUGCACCGAAAUUUAAAGACCAUGAAAAAUUCGUUCCUGUUCCAAGAGAUGCUGUUUUGGGUGAACGCAUAAUCAAAUUAACUGCUGAGGAUAAAAUGGACUUUGGAAUUAAUGCAAAUAUUGAAUACCAUAUUGCAGGAGGAAAUGGAUCCUCUUACUUAUCUGUAGACAGAACCAAUGGAUGGAUAAUUGUGAAUAAACAGUUUUAUAGUUAUGGUCAAUACUAUGAACUUAAAGUAAAGGCUAUUGAUUUGGGUAUACCUCCUCAAUCAGAUGAAACUAGUUUAACAUUUGUGGUAACAGGGGAAAAUAUUUACAGUCCAAAAUUUACAGCCUUAAGUUAUCAAGUCAGUAUCCCCGAAAAUGAACCUAUAGGAUCUUCAAUACUGACAGUCAAAGCGAGUGAUGAAGAUGAUGGGCCUAAUGGUAUGGUAAGAUAUUCAAUUUCGUCAGGAAAUUCUGGAAAAGAGUUUAAUAUCGACCAUUUAUCCGGAAUCAUUACAAUAUUACGAUCAUUAGAUUAUGAUACAGUUCAAGAAUAUAGAUUGAACAUUACUGCAAAAGAUCUAGGAUAUAAAUCAAAAGAAGCAACAGCUACGCUCACAAUCAUUUUAACAGACAUUAAUGAUAAUGCUCCUCAAUUUAAUCAAAGUCAUUAUGAAGCAUAUUUACCCGAAAAUUCACCUACCAAUACUUUUAUAUUCAAAGCUGAAGCUAUUGACAUUGAUUCACCCAAAAACUCAAUCAUCAGAUAUUAUAUAAAAAACUCCAUGGAUGUACUAUUCCAUAUUGAUCCUAUUUCUGGUGAAAUUUAUUCAAAAGAAGUAUUUGAUUAUGAAGAAAAGUCUAUCUAUAAAGUAGUGAUUCUUGCUGAAAACCCAGAAUCAACCAUGAUGUCAACAACAGAAGUGAUUGUACAUAUUACAGGAGUAAAUGAGUACUACCCUAAAUUUGUUCAACCAGUAUUUCACUUUGACGUAUCGGAAUCUGCUGAAGUGGGAACAAAUGUUGGAGUAAUUCAAGCAACAGAUCAAGAUAGUGGAGAAGAUGGUUUAAUUUAUUAUUUAUUUGUUGGGUCCAGUAAUGACAAAGGCUUCAGUAUUAAUUCUCAAACUGGGGUAAUAAGAGUAGCUAGAUAUUUAGAUCGUGAAACACAAAACAGAGUGGUAUUAACAGUUUUAGCAAAAAAUGCUGGUGGUAUUCAUGGAAAUGAUACAGACGAAGCUCAAGUCAUUAUUUCAAUUCAAGAUGGUAAUGAUCCACCUGAAUUUUUAUUGCAAAGUUAUGAAGUAACAAUAUCCGAAGAUGCACAUAUUGGUCAACAAAUAGUCCAAGUAAAGGCAGUUGAUAAAGAUGUUCGGCCUCAAAAUAAUCAGUUUAGCUACUCAAUCAUAAGUGGAAUUCACAAUGAAGACUUUAAAAUAGAUCCACAAACCGGUGAUAUAGAAGUAGCUCGUAAUUUGGACAGGGAAACAGUACCAACUUAUGCUUUAGUAGUUGGUGCAAUAGAUACAGGUAUUCCACCACAAACAGGAACAACUACAGUUAAAAUAAAUUUGACAGACAUAAACGAUAAUGGCCCAAUAUUUGAUGUGUUAAAUUUUGAAGGAAAAGUAUACGAAAAUGAGCCGCCAAAUACAAGUAUCACAACACUUUCAGCAAAAGAUCCAGAUUUACCACCAAAUGGAGCACCAUUCUCUUAUUCCAUCAUAGGGGGAAAACAUCAAGAUUACGUUAAAGUUAAUAAACAUACUGGAGUACUACUUACGAAGAAAAAAAUAGACAGAGAGAUGACACCGACUUUAGAGGUAAUUAUAGAAAUCGAAGACAGUGGCACACCUGUAAUGAAAUCAAACUUUACAAUACAUAUUGACGUACUGGACAAAAAUGAUAAUCCACCAACACCUAGAUCAGUUCAUGUACUUAUAUAUUCCUUUAAUAAUGAGGUUCCUCGUGAAAAAAUAGCCAAUGUAAGACCGAAUGAUCCCGAUUUAGUAGGUGAUUACCAAUGUAAGAUUAUUCAAGAGUCAACAUUGGAAAAUACUCUUUCUAUUUUAAGUAUAAGAAAAGGAUGUGAUCUUUAUACCGAUUCUAUAAAACCUGGUCAAGGAUACUCCUUUUCGGUAUCAGGCAAUGAUGGUGUUCACGGAGAUGUCAUAUCAUCUGUAAGCGUUGAAUAUUUUUCAUUUGAUAAUGCUACUGUCGAAGAGUCUCUCACAAUGAGAGUCAUUAAUAUGACAUCUCAUGAAUUUCUGACUCAAUACUAUCGAAGUUUACUCGAAAUACUGAAAAUGGAUAUUUCUCAAAAAGAAAACAUAUAUUUGUUUAGUAUAAAUGAAGACUCUCGUAAUUUAGAUAUAACAAUGGCAUUGCGAGGAAAUCAUAACAAAUCAAAAAAAGAAGUAACAGAAAAAUAUUUUAAGCGCAAAGAACGAGACAUAUCAAAGUUAUUGAAAAAGAACAUUAUUGUGCCGUAUUAUCCAUGUGCUGUACAAAAAUGUCAAAACGAUGGCAGCUGUACAGAUUUUAUUACAGUCCAAAACAAAAUGAAAAUAACUGACAGUCCAACUUUAAUAAUUUCAUCACCAUUAGUCAAACAUGAAUAUAGUUGUCAUUGCACUGAUGGAUUUAUGGGAUUAAAUUGUGAAAAGCGAUUAGAUCCAUGUUCGCCAAACCCAUGUGUCGGAGGUAUAUGUAGAAAACAAGGUCAUAACUUUGUAUGCAAUUGUCCACCGAGGCGAGAAGGUAAAACAUGUGAAAAAGAGAAAAAUGAUGUUUGCAAUAGCAAUCCAUGUAAAAAUGGUGGAUCGUGUAAAGAAAGCACUGAUCUUAAUUCCUAUUUUUGUUUAUGCCGACCUGGAUAUCGGGGCAAUCAAUGCGAAUCUUUAGUAGAUUCUUGUAGACCUAACCCGUGCUUACAUGGAGGAAUUUGCAUAAGCUUGAAACCAGGUUAUAAAUGCAGUUGCACAAAUGGGAGAUAUGGCACACAUUGUGAAAGUACAACAUUUGGUUUUAAUGAAUUAUCUUUUAUGCAAUUUCCUGCUUUGGAUGCUUCCACAAACGAUAUUACAAUAAUAUUUGCUACAACAAAACCAAAUGCAUUGUUACUUUAUAAUUAUGGUGCACAUACCGGUGGAAGAUCAGAUUUCAUUGCUAUUGAGAUACUUGGAGGGAAACCAAUAUUUUCUUUUGGUGGAUCCAGGACUUCGAUAACAUCGGUUGCAUUAACAGAUUCUAAUACAAAUCUUGCCAAUGGAGAGUGGUACAAACUUACUGCAACAAGAAAUGGAAGAGUAAUAUCAUUGAGCAUUGCAUCUUGUACCGACCAUGGUGACGUAUGUGGUGAAUGCGAGCCAGGAGAUGGCUCUUGUUAUAAUGAUGACACAGGACAAUCAGGUACUUUAAACUUCAACAAUGAACCGCUGCUGAUUGGGGGACUUCACAAAGCAGAUCCAGUUUUAGAGCGACCCGGACAAAUACACUCUGACGACUUCGUGGGAUGCAUGCACAGUAUAUCUAUCAACGGUCGUUUACUAAACAUGACUAACCCUAUUCUUGCCAGAGAUGUGGAAUCUAAUUGUGAAAGAUCAGAAAAAGGCGCGUGUCAGAAGAAGGAUAAAUGUUAUUUAGGAAAAUGCUUAGAUAGAUGGAAGACAAAUUACUGUAAAUGCGGGGAACAUUUCCUUGCUCCUGACUGUACUUUAUCUUUACAGUCGAUAUCUCUUAUUGAAAAUAGUUUUAUUUCUUUUAUCAUCACUGAAAAAUUUAGAAGAAUGCAAUUACUCGAAUCGUUUUAUGCUGGUAAUACUGGUUGGGAUGGGAAAGUUAGCAAAUCUUCUGGUAAAUUUGUAACGAAAUUGAACAGCCCUGCCAAAAGCCUGUCGUUUUAUUUUAGAACUUACAGGAAAGAUUGUGCUUUAUUUUAUGCGGCUACUGAUAAAUAUUAUACAUUGAUAGAAUUAACUGGUGGAAAAGUUAGCUAUACUUCGAAACAAAAUACAAUUGUUAAUAUGACACAAGUAGAACAAAGCGAUAUCGCUGAUGGCACAUGGCAUAAUAUUACCUUAUUUUCGUUUGGGCGCAGUAUUCGUUUGAUCGUGGAUGGUAAAAAUAUAGGCGAAGAAUUAGACGCAGCUGGCGUACAUGAUUUUUUGGAUCCAUACUUAACAACAAUAUCUUUGGGAGGGCUGAAAACUGAAUCAUUGUCAUUGACUGAAUUUGGCAAAUUUGAAGGCUGUUUGGCCAAUUUUUCAAUAAACAAUGAAAUUCAACCCUUUACUGGAAAUGGAAGCAUUUUUAAAGAAACAGUCCGUCAUGGAAAGAUAUUAUCAGGAUGUUCAAAUGGUUUUGGUAUGGGUCAUGGUCAAAGUACUGACCCUUUGAGCAUUGGUAUUACACUUGUAAUAGUAUUCUUCAUUAUUUUAAUUCUUGCAAUUCUAGUUUCCAUUAUUCUAUAUCGAUUAAGAAAGCAAAAGGAAAAAUGUAGUGGGCAUACGAACAAAAGUAACACGUUACAUACUAAACAAAAUGGUGGGCCAGCAAUGUUAAAUGCACCAAAUUUAAUAGCUGGAACUAAUGAUAGUCUAAUGGCGCGAAAUAUGCAUAACAAUGAUAAUAACUUGAAUAGCUACAUCAUGCCUGAAAACGUUCAUAUUGUGGGUCCAGAACUACUAUCAAAGAAAUACAAAGAUCGAGAAAUUAUGAAUAUAGAUCCACCAAGACCUCAAAGACCUGAUAUCAUUGAAAGAGAAGUAAUUGGAAAGAGUCCACCUCUGAGAGAAGAUCAUCAUCCGCCACCACCUCCUUCUACUAACACAUCUCAUCAUACACAUGAUCAUCCUAGUGGACUAGAUUUAAAUUCAGAAGUGCCAGAACACUAUGACCUAGAAAAUGCCAGCUCUAUAGCACCAUCUGACAUAGAUAUUGUAUAUCAUUAUAAAGGUUUUCGAGAUGCUGGAGGCAUGAGAAAAUACAAAGCGACUCCUCCUCCCGUUGCAGGGUAUCAUCAUAAACAUCAGACCCCUCAACAUCGACACUCUCCCCAUCACCCAAGUGGAUAUCCUCCCAGAAUAUUACCGCCAACUAAUCAACCUCCACCGCAACCUAGGACACACCAAACAACGCCACUUGCACGAUUAUCUCCUAGUAGUGAAUUGAGUCAACAACCACGAAUACUGACACUUCAUGAUAUUUCUGGGAAACCAUUACAAAGUGCAUUAUUAGCCACGACAUCAAGCUCAGGUGGUGUUGGCAAAGACGUAUUACAUAGUAACAGUGAACGUAGUCUUAAUAGUCCAGUAAUGUCUCAACUGAGUGGACAAAGUUCUUCUGCAGGAAGAAAAACUCCAAGCGCUCCAUCACAAGUGCCAAAAGUUGUUUCCGUAGGAUCGAGUGCUGUAGGUCUUACUGCAGAAGAAAUUGAAAGAAUGAACGCUAGACAGAGAACAUCAAGUUUAGUGUCUACUUUAGAUGCGGUAUCUAGUUCUAGUGAAGCUCCUCGCGGUGGAGGAGUCGGUCAUCACAUGUCUCAUAGACAUCAUUCUCCUCAAAACGAUAAUAGAAGUUCUUCUGGUUCGGAUGAUGAAAGUGGAAAUGACAGUUUUACUUGUUCCGAAAUAGAAUAUGAUAACAAUAGUAUAAAUGCUGAUAAACCAGAUGACGUCAGAAGACAAAAUGUCAGUAGUGGAAAUACUUCUAGUAAGCCAAUUCUCCCGCCACCGUAUGAAAGCUUUGAUUCUUCAUUUCGAGGUUCUCUGAGUACUCUAGUCGCAUCAGACGAUGACUUAGCUCCACAUCUAAGUUCUGCUUUAUAUAGACAAGUAAAUGGUUCUCCCGCAUCUGGUAGUUUGGGUUGGGAUUAUUUAAAUUUAAUAAAUUGGGGCCAAAAUUUUGAAAGCAUGAUUGGCGUUUUCAAAGAUAUUGCUGAACUCCCGGAUUCAGUAAAUGGACGAAUGUCUUCCUCAUUAAGACUUCCUAAUGGUACGCCAAAACCGUCAGAGGAGUAUGUUUAAAUGUAUUUAUGGGUAAGAUAAGAAAUAUGUAAAUAAUUAUUUUAGUGAUUUGUAAAUUUGUUGUUGUGAUCUUGUAUCAAGGUUACACAGAAUCAUAUAUCUUGCCAUAUUUCUGUUUAUCUCUCCAUUGUGUUGAUUCCUGUUAAUAGAAUAUGUAUGUAAAAUAAAAAUUUAUAAAUCAGUACAAAUAACAUGAAAUCAAAUUAUUGUAAAAGGAGUAGAUUUUGUUAUAGCCGACCUUAUUAUAAUUUAAAAUUAUAAAAAAUAAACCUAAAAUAUUGUAGUUAUCUUAUUUGGAUUGGAUUUUUAUUUUAUUUACAAACUCAGCUUGGCAUCAGGAUUUUUAUUUUAUUUCAUAACAGAGGGCGAAGUGCGGGUUUUCAUUUCACUUCUCACUAUCGAAUCGAUUCGAAGCGAGACUCGGCGAACCAAUCAUAUUGCGGUGUGGUUGUCGAUGUGUCCUAAUGGCGCACUCUGAUUGGUUAGCUGCGUUUCACUUCGAACCGAUUCGAUGAUGAGAUGUAAAUAGCAAAGCCGCACUAGGUACACAGGCUUGUGAUUUUUUUAAGGUUUUUCUAUCAUUUAUAUCUAUCAUUUACUCCACUUAAAUACUAUAUUAUGAAGUUCAAUUCAUACAACUUAUAUGUAUCCUUAGAACCCACGAUUCUACAAAAAUGUAAUGUAAAUAGUCUUGAUCGUUUAAGGGUAUUUUAUUUUAUAUUUCAGUUUAAUAUUUGUAACAAUUCUGAAAGACUUUCUCUCAGGUACCUACUUAUACUUUGGUCCAACCAAGACGCGAAUUACCUCAAAUUAUUCCUCAACUUCUUUCAAUGGUACGAUUAAGAGCUCCUUCUGUUAUAUUUUUUUGUACAUACAUGUGAUUAAUGUAAAUAUAUUACAAAUACACUACGCUUAAGUAGACAUAAUAAAUUAUUGUGAUUGUUACGUUUAAUCUUUAUAAAUCAAUCACAAGCAGUCUGAGCUCUUAGGUAAAUUUUAUGCCAUACUAUGUAUAAACCAUAAUAGAUUUAAACAAUCAAAAACUUUGUAAAAAAUAGGUACUCCUUGGGGUUAGUUCAGGUUGAUUCUUUGUUUUUUCAAAAACUUAUGGUCAUUAUUAUUUUUUAUUUAAUGAAUAUGAACUACAUUACCUAAACUAACCUCUAGAUAGGAAGCCAAAAGUACUGAUUAUAUUUUAAGUUAAUAGAAAUAAAAGAUAUGAAA